AUGGAUGAAAAUGGCGCUGGUCCAUCAGCUCCCAAAAGAGCAAGGUUAAACGGAACAGGUAAGUUAUGGUUUAUAUUGUAUUUCUGUGUUUAGUUAGUAACAGUUACGUUGUCACUGCCAAUGACGUGAACCUGGGACUUCCACAACGAUGGGCAUUUUGCCCACCAAUGGGAAAGGUAGUCUUUGGAUAUUUAUAUGAAUUUUGUAUUAUAUUUGGCUGUUUCCAAAGCGAUGCUUGGUUGCCGAAAGGUUUUAAUUUUUUAAAUGAAAUUUAAGGUUAAAACAAUACUUUUUUUGCUGUUUGAGGUUUUUCAGAAUUUUUUAAAGUAUUUUUAAUUGUAAUUUUGAAAAAAUAAAAGGUUUUUAAGCAAUUGCAUAUUUGUGUUUUUGUAGAUAACUAAUAUAGUAACUUUGAUUUUUUCAGGAAAUCUGCGGUUUCUUGCCGACGAAAACUCCUUUGGAUAAGAAGUAUGAUCAUCUUAUGGAUAUAGCUCAGUUUUUUCAUCCAGAUGACGUGAUAGAACGUGGUCCUGAGUUAUGUGGAAAGCCUGGUGCCAAAAUUGGGUUGUGGAUCAACUUGACUAAAACAAAACGAUAUUACAAUCCUGGCGAUGUAAGUUGUUUUAAUGGAUUUUUUGAGCAUUAUUUAAAUUUAAAGUACAGAUUAUUUUUAUAGGUUGAAGAGAAAGGUAUUAAGUACGUGUGGAUGCCUUUAACUGGACAUGGGCAAUCUCCGACUGAAGAUGAAACGUCGCAGUUUAUUAAUAUUGUUUCAGCGUUUCGAGCGGUAAUUUUUAAUUUUUAUAUUUUUGAUUUUUAGGCAGUCAAUUGCAAUAUUUCAUGAAUUAUGUUGGUUUUUGUUACUCAUUUUGAACAUCUACUUAUUAUAAUACUUUUUACCUAAACUACAAAUUUCAGACGAAUGAAGACGAUCUGGUUGUUGUGCAUUGUACUCACGGGUUUAAUCGAACGGGUUUCUUAAUAUGUGCUUAUAUGGCGGUACAAUUUGGAGAUGAAAUAUCAAUGUGUGUUCAAGAAUUCGCCAAGGCUAGACCAAAUGGAAUUUACAAAACAGAUUAUCUUAGAGAUUUGGGAGCGAGAUUUGAUGCUGAUGAAGAUCUACCAGCACCAGGAAGACCAGCUUGGGAAGACGAGUCGAAGAUGGUCGAACAAAAAAGUUCUUCCGGACAGCUGGCUGGCGGAAAGGGUAAGAAUUUAGUGUUGUUUUAGGUUGAGGGAAGUUAUAUUACACUAGGUUUAAGGAACGAAUUGUUGACGAUACGUUUUAGAUCAAGGAGCAAAACUUUUCUUUGGCGGCAAAGUGCCUUCAGUACAGUAUGUGGAAGACGUCGAGACCAGGAAGCUGGUCGUUCGAACUGUUCGUGAGCUUUGUCAUUGGAAACGAAAGGAAUUCCCAGGAUCUCAGCCAGUUUCUCUCGAACGAUCGCCUGAACACAACAAUUUGGAGUUCAUAGCAAAGUCCGAUUACAUGGUAUCGUGGAAAGCAGAUGGAGUACGAUACUUGGUGUAUGUUAAGGACGACCAUGAGGUUUACGCUUUGGAUAGAGACGAAAACCCGUUUUUGAUCAGCGAUGUUGGCUUCAUCAACUACAGGACGAAUGAACCGUUAAAGAAUUGCUUGUUGGACACAGAGAUGGUCACGGAUAAGGUGACAGUAGGACCGGAUACAACCGAAGUGCCACGAUUGUUGAUUUAUGAUAUUAUUCAUUACGAGGUAUGAGUUUUAAAUUCUUUAAGAAGUCAUUUAUUUUAUAACUCAAAUAAGUUCUUUUGUUUUUUAUUUUAUAGCUCACUUACGUUUUGUUUCUUUAGGACAGACCUAUAGGACAAGAACCAUUUAGACACAGAUUUGAGAAGAUUGAGCGAUACCUAGUGAAACCUCGAGCUAACGCCUUCAAUAAUAGGUUGUUAAUCAGGGAGAGCGAACCAAUAAGUGUGAGAAGGAAGGACUUCUACGAAGUAUCGUGCACCUACAAGUUGUUUGAGCCUAAGUUCAGAGCACUUAUGUCACAUGAUGUUGAUGGGCUGAUAUUUCAACCAGGCGAUCAGGUAUGUGCUUUAAUUAUUGAUCGAAAAGUAAAUUAGAAUAGCUGCAGAUAAGUUAAUAUUACUUAUUUUUUAUGAUUUUAUAAUGAGUUUUGGUUAAAAUAUGAAUUUUUUAUUAUCUAGAGGUAUAGUUAUAUUACAUUUCUUAGCCUUACGUACCAGGCCGCUACGAUAAGCUUCUGAAAUGGAAACCUCCACAUCAACAAACUAUUGAUUUCCGACUUCAAAUCAGGAGAAAUGCCGUAGGGCAUGGGAAUCUGGGAGAAACCGAAGCGAUUUUGUUUGUUCAGGACAAGGGAAACCUAAUGCAGUUUGCUAAAACACGAGCGUUAAGGUCGUUGUUGCCGUAUGACAACAAGAUUAUUGAGUGCAAUUUCGUGGUAUGUUGCUUUGACAUUAUGUUUUACUUAAAUUUGUAUUCUAAGCAAUGAAAAUGUUGGAAAAACAACUUUUAAAACCUAAAAACUGGGUACUUUUAAUGAACAAAAAGCGUGUUACAUGCUAUUUUAAGAUGUAAAUGUAAUUAAAAAUACAUUUUUAUGGAGUUUUACGUGCUAAUAUUAUACUCAAGUUGUUGUUCUUACAGAUAGAUCCCAAAGCCCCUAACGGCGAGUGGAGGUUCGAACGAGAGAGAACUGAUAAGUCCUUCCCCAAUGCCUACACGACCGCUGCCUCAGUCUGGAAUUGUGUCAAAUAUCCAGUGACAAAAGAGUAUCUACUCGAGUAUAUUCGACGGUAUUGCAGACCUCAGAGACCGCCACCACCACAACCUCAGAAUGGACAUUAA